AUCUAGAAAAGGUCAAAUCCGAAGUCUUAAUCGCUCAUUUUCUGUCAAAAUUUAAGCAUCGACGGUGUAAACUGUCAAGAAAAUUUGACCCAGUGCUUUUGAAAAGAUGGCAGCAUACUUCCAUCGUCAAUGCUUCAAGGCCAUGAGAAGAACCGGAGAUUUCACCUUGGAACAUAGAGUACAAAUCUGACGUGAAUUUUAACCACAGAUUCCAGCAAAUUUUUCCAAGUUGCACCAACAGGUCUUAACGACAAUCCUUAACAACGAGCGAAGUAAUCGUCACGCAGUUUGGUCCAUACAAUCACAGAGUUCUUGCGCAGACUCCCGUCUUACUGUUGUCGUAACGCUGCUUUCCACAGACCAUACACUAAAACGCUUUGGCCCCCCGAAAAUCCCGUUUCAGCGGCUUGCUCCAGCAGGGAAGUUCGUAUGAGAUCCUGGUUACAACUCCGUACCGUUCCUACGUAUCACGCUAUGCACAUGGAUACUUGCGAGGAAAGUAGCACUUCGCACACAAACGGGGCAGACACAAAAUAUGUAUCCAGCUACUCAGACGAUGUUCCGGACAAUCUCCGAAGAACCGAGAAGCUGUCUUCACCCUCCUCUAGUGAACUCAGCAUGCAGUCAGUGAUCUCCAUCAAGAUUAAUGACGAAGACGAUGAGAGAAAAUCAAGAGAAUUUGACCCUGACUGUGCUGACAACGUAAGGGGUGGGCAUCACGGCGCACGGGUAUCCAACACCGACCUGCCACCAUUUUCCCGAUCCCUGAUAUCCACUCCUUCAACUCCGGUCGACAGGACACUUUCUAAUCAGGGGCUUACACCGGCGGAAUUAAAUACCUUGAUCUCACCCACCAGCAAUGUAAUCAAACGCAGCAGGCCUGUCCCAAGUAGAACUCCCCAACGACCCCUGUCCAUGAACGUAGAAUGUGCAACCGCCAGACCAAAUAUCCUUCGUUUACCGCGACAGCAACUUAGAACAGUAAAAACCGAUGUCGCUACUCAGACGGAUGAAAUUCCUUCCCUGAAUGGUGCACAGAAUCGCAGUGCGGAACCUGAGUUCGGACCGGACGCGGAUGCUAUGGUUACAAUGUCAAAAGUGAAAAAUGGUACUCUGGUGGAUUCGACGGAAACUCUCAGCCCAGUUGAGACAUGGCCUCUCUCAAUCCAGAGCAUUGUAAAGCCAGCUGAAUUCCCUAGAAUAUUUCUACCGACGACGUUUAACAAUCCCAACUUAUCCGCAAAGGACGAUGAGAGUGAAGCGUGCUUAUCAGUUUCUUCAUCGCAAGAAGUCAAGGGUGUGGCAGCUACUUUUUAUACAAACCCAAACGAAGGAUGGAAUGUGGCUUCAAGUGGCCUUUCACGUCGUUCCUCGCUUGCUGGACCGUGCCAAACCAGCACAAACGCACUACGACCACCAGUCAGCAGAGCACCAGCGCUUAUGAGACAAACGAGAUUUCCAAACGGUAUCCAUAAGUUCGACAGUACAAAUGCAGAAUCGCAUCGAUGUCGUAGCGUUCAUUUCUCAACCGAUGUGCUUGUCGCUCACACAGGACUCGGGCCCGCACCUCUGAUGCUUUCGUCUGCGCCAUUAAAAGAGGCUGCUCUCCCGCCUUUCGACUGUGCUCACCAAUCGGUGGACCCUGAAAGGAUAUCGUCCCGAAGAGCAAGGCGCUCCAGCUCAGUUUCGAUGCUUAUUUCGACUAACCCAAACAGCAAUUCAUUUGACUCACACCGCACAUACGUGCCAACUACGGAGCCAUGCCUAGUAUCACCGCUUUCACCUAUCAGAAGGCAGUGACCAUCUGAAGACGUCGAUGGAGCAUAUCCCAACGAAGCAGGCGUUUACUUUGAUGCAUCAAACAAAUUGUUCUCACUGGAUGAGGUCCAUUGGCCACUGCCAUCAAUUUAACGUUCGCAAAACUUUUACUAUAAAUGAGUUUACAUGCUACAUGACAUCCACAGAGGCACUUACUCCUUUAUGAUACAGCGAAUUUCAUUCUUGUUUUGUUAUUUCUCGUUACGCUUCAUAAUGAUCACCUGCUCUUCUCUAGUGAGAGUACCCGAUUUCCCAUACGGGCUAACCCAGUCACAAGUGGAGAUACGAAAACUCCAUGUACACAGCUGCACCUUGUAUCCGAUCUUCUGUAGGGUGAUAAUAAAUGCUAGCGGAACCACCA